AUGGAAAAUACAGAGUUAUUAAUAUCGAAACAACGAGAAUUAGAAGCGUUAAAGAAGAUAACGACGUUGACAGAUAACAUGAAAAUACAAUUGGAUGAACUCUCGAUACAGGUAUCCAAGUUAGAGCACAAUGCCUCGGUAGUGGGUGAUGUAACUUCUAUUUGGGAUUCUGUGCUUAAAUCUAUAUCACAAGCAAGUUUAGGACUUUUACAAUACUCAGAGAACGAUUAUGAAGUUGGUGUAUGGAAUAAUAAUAAUGAAUCUCGAGACGAUAUCUAUAAUGAAGAUAAGAAGACAGGUAUACCCUUGCCAGAGACAUUGGUUAGAAUAAGGGCAACAACAGAAGAUGAGGAUCUUACGCAGAAUGAGCCUAAUGAAGGAUCGGAAGCAAAGGCAGAAGCAGAAGCAGAAGCACAUCGUUCAAGUGAGGAUAGUCUAGAGAAAUAA